ACUGGGGCAGGGUGUUUUGGAUGCCGUAUGGAUUUGUGGCACUCAGACGGAGCUAAGGAAAACUGGUGUUAUUGUUAUUAUCAAUAUAUUCAUAUAUUCAUUUUGCUAAAUAGCACAAAUACGUCAUGCCCGGGAUUGAUAAACUACCCAUCGAAGAUGCCCUAGAGGACAGUCCACAGACUCGGUCCUUGCUGGGGGUGUUUGAAGAGGAUGCGGCUGCUAUCUCUAGCUAUUCCCAGCAGCUGUACCAGGCCAUGCAGAGGAUCUACGAUGCGCAGAACGAGCUGAGUGCAGCCACACACCUAACCUCCAGGCUUCUGAAGGAAUACGACAAUCAGCGCUUCCCUCUAGGUGGCGAUGAUGAGGUUAUGAGCUCCACUCUGCAGCAGUUUUCCAAAAUGAUCGAUGAGAUCAGCUCGUUUCACGCCGUCUUGUCCACUCAGCUGGCGGAUGCCAUGAUGUUUCCCAUCACUCAGUUCAAGGAGCGUGAUUUAAAAGAAAUCCUGACCCUGAAAGAAGUGUUUCAGAUUGCGAGCAGCGAUCAUGACUUGGCGAUGAACCGGUACAGCAGACUGUCGAAGCGAAGGGACGUUGAAAAGGUGAGGCUGGAGGUGAUGGAGGAUGUGUACACAGCCAGGAAGAAGCAGCACCAGACCAUGAUGCACUACUUCAGCGCCCUCAACACCCUGCAGUACAAGAAGAAGAUCAGUCUGCUGGAGCCGCUGCUGGGGUACAUCCAGGCACAGAGCAGUUUCUUCAAGCUGGGCUCAGAGAAUCUGACACCGCACUGGGAGGAGUUCCUGUCCAACAUCGGGACCAGCGUUCAGAAUGUGCGCAGGGAGAUGGACACGGAUGUGCUGUCCAUGCAGCAGUCGAUCGAGGACCUGGAGGGGGCCAGUGACCCCCUGUACCUGCCAGACCCUGAUCCAGCCAGGAUCCCCAUCAACAGGAACCUGAGCAGGAAAUCAGGCUACCUGAACUGCAGGAAUAAGACCGGCCUAGUGUCCUCUUCCUGGGAUCGGCAUUUCUACUUCACCCAGGGAGGGAAUCUGAUGAGCCAGGCACGCGGGGAAGUGGCGGGGGGGCUAGUCCUGGAUAUCGAUAACUGCUCUGUCAUGGCCGUCGACUGCGAGGACCGCCGUUACUGCUUCCAGAUCACUGCCUUCGACGGAAAGAAGUCUGCAAUUCUUCAAGCUGAAAGCAGAAAGGACUGUGAAGAGUGGAUUGCAACGAUUAAUAACAUCUCGAAACAAAUCUACCUGAGUGAAAACCCAGAGGAGACCGCUGCUCGAGUGAACCAGUCUGCACUGGAUGCUGUGACCCCUUCCCCGUCCUUCCAGCAGAGACACGAGAGCCUGCGGCCGGCAGCUAAGAGCCGCCCCAAGGCCUCACACACCAGCAGCUCAGACUCCGCCUCCCUCUCCACGCUCUCCCUCGAUUCGCUGGUUGCCCCGGACACGCCCAUUCAGUUUGACAUCAUCUCCCCUGUGAGCGAGGAGUACGCAGGGCAGGCUAAGCUGGCUGGGCAGACGGGCAGGACAAACCCGUUUGGGGAAUCAGGGGAUGGGAAGCCUGAAGAAACUGAAGACUCCAUCCUGCAGCAGCUGUACAUGGUGCGGUUCCUGGGCUCCAUGGAGGUGAGGUCAGGGGAGAGUGCCGAUGUGAUCUACGAGACCAUGCGGCACAUCCUGGCCGCACGUGCCAUCCACAACGUCUUCCGCAUGACCGAGUCCCACCUGCUCGUCACCUGUGACUGCCUCAAGCUGAUCGACCCCCAGACUCAGGUCACCAGGCUGAGGUUUCCUCUCCCCAGCGUGGUUCUGUGCGCCUCUCACCAGGAGAACAAGCGCCUCUUGGGUUUUGUGCUGCAGUGCUCAGGGAGCCGAGCGGAGGGCAGGCCAGUGUCUGUGUGCUACGUGUUCGAGUCCAACAACGAGGGAGAGAAGAUCUGUGAUAGUGUCGGGCUGGCGAAGCAGAUUGCCUUCCAUUCAGACAUGGAUCGCAGAGCGACAGUGAAACAGAAGGAGCUGGAUAAAGAGGAGGAGAGGCAGCAGGAGGAGAUCAGCAAACAAAAACAGAUUGAGAAGGACUUGGAGGAGCAGAGCCGCUUGAUCGCAGCAUCCAGUCGCCCAAACCAGGCUGGGGGCGAGGCGCAGGUAUUGGUUCUCAGCAACAGCCAAUCAGAAGACAGCGAUACGGGAGAGGAGGGCAAGAGGAAGGGUGAAUCGGAGGCCUGACACUGCGAAGAGUCAAGAACCGAAAAAAACAAAACCAACAAGGCAGCACGUCCAAACAACACAGCGAACUCUGCUUUUAAAGCUCUUCAUAUCUUUAUGGAAGGUUUUUAUUAUAUUGGGGACUUUUACUACAAAAAAACAAUCAUGGUAUUUCGUACUGGUAUGGCUAAACAUAAUGAACUGACACUGGCGCCUGCGCUGGCUGGACCUGUCCCCAGGUUGACAGGUUCACGGCUAUUUGUAUAACGUCAGUAUUUUAUACACGCUUCUUUAUUGAGAGAAUGUUUAAAUCUAAACUUUUAAUGAAAUUAUUUUUAACCUGUAUAAAUAUAUAGCACUGAAACCACAUUGUACUAGAAAUUACGCAUCUGGUAGCAUUACAACUGCUUGUGCAAUUGUCAGUUUUAA